AUGGCACCGGGUGAACGUGUCUUUAGACAAACUACACUUACAGGGGAAAUGACUCAAGAUACUCAAUCAGUGGAUGACUCAAAUAACCUUACUCAUGUUGUUAAUACAGAUGAUUUCACUAGACUUAAGAAAGGUCGUGGAAAAACUAGAGGGAAAGGUCUUGAAAAAAUGAAGAAGACUUUGGGAAGCAAGAUGAAAAUAGAAAUUCCACUGGGCAAAAGAAGGCCAACUAAACUAGAUCAAUCAGCAAAACUAUCCAAUGAGUUGGGGAUAAUUGCUCGAAACUUUCUAUUGCUUCCAAACAAGUGGAAAGAACUCACAAGAGUGAACAAGGAUGCAGCACUAAUUAGAUGUCAUGUGGUGUUUCGAACUGACUCUUUUUCAUCAGAUGAUUUCACUAGACUUAAGAAAGGUCGUGGAAAAACUAGAGGGAAAGGUCUUGAAAAAAUGAAGAAGACUUUGGGAAGCAAGAUGAAAAUAGAAAUUCCACUGGGCAAAGAAAGGCCAACUAAACCAGAUCAAUCAGCAAAACUAUCCAAUGAGUUAGGGAUAAUUGCUCGAAACUUUCUAUUGCUUCCAAACAAGUGGAAGGAACUCACAAGAGAGGACAAAGAUGCAGCACUAAUUAGAUCUCACGAGAGGUUUGAGAUUAAUUUGGAUGAGCAUUACGUGAAAGAUAGUUGCGAGGAUAUCCUGAAAAAUAGAAGCAGUCAGUGGCAUUACAAGUUAAAACAACUAUUUGAAAGUGCACACUCUGAGGAAGAAGCUCGUAAAAUUGAAGUGCCAGAGUUGACCCCCGAAAAUUGGAAUAGGCUUUGUGACAUGUGGAUCAAUCCACAUCAUAAGGUAAUUUAG